UAGGGAAAUUAUCGAUAUUUGGAGAGAGUAGGACCUGGAUGCUCACCUAGACGAGGAGCCGGGAGGAGAGAGCGGACACAGUAGCAGAUACGGAGGAGGAGGGUGCGCUUGUACGGGUAUCGGGAGACCGAAGUCACGAGAAAGAAAUAGGAGGAGUGAUACUGAUCGACGACGAAGAUGUACUUGACCACGGGACCGUCAGGAGGUGGCGGACAAGGGGUCGCGAACGGCCAACAAAUCAGGAAUGGACAAACAUAUGGGGCGGCAACUGGAUACGCAGGAGGGGGUGGGAGGAUGGGAGGAGGGAAUAAUGCGUGUCUCAACUGCGGUAAACUAGGACACAUGGCGCGAGAUUGUUGGUCGAGGCCAGGGAGAAAUACGGGCGGAAUGCAAGCGGACCUGGAGUUGGAGGAGAUGAAGGAGCAGUUUAGGUUGGCUCGUAAAGAAAGACUGGAACAGGAGGAGAAGAAGAAAAAGGAAGAAGAGAAGAGGAUUAGAGAGGAGGAGGAGAUUAUGAGGAAUUUAGACUUUGCACGGAAAGCUGAGGAGUUUAAACUCCAGCUCCGAGCCGAACUUCUUGACGAAUGGAGGAAGAACCAGGCGAAUGCGGUGAAAUCAACGGAGAAUAUUGGAAAAUCCGCGAAGAAAACAAGAAAAAAGAAAAAGAAGAGACACCUGACGGAACAUGGCGGACAGAAGAAGCGGAGAACUCGAAGGAAAAGGAGAAGUAGCGAUUCUAGCGAGGACUCGGAAUCGUCGUGCUCGGCGAACGACGAGUCGAUCACGUCGGAAGAUUCAUCAGGAUCGGAUACGAGCGGGAAGAUCACACGAAACAAAGAGCGCAUGAAGCGGGGGACAGGGAACAAGAGGACAAAGGCCAAGACGAAGAAUAGCAAGGGCAAGGGCAGGAUUGAGGAGAUGCGUACACCUAUUAGGAUGUACAAGAAGGGGGAAAGUUCCAGGGCUCGGAAACAACCACAAGCGAUGGAAGAGGAGAUGCCGGGGGUGAAAUCUCCCGAUGAAGUGGAGCCUAAGACGCCCUUGACAGGAGGUUAUAAGGGGCUGGCGGUCGGGUGUUCGCAGAAAGGCUUGAUUGAGUUCUGCAUAUCGGCUCACAAGAUCUAUUCGGCAAAAAAGGCAGACAAACUCAGGAAGAUAUGCGAAAGAAAGGUAUCAAGUACACCAAGAAGCCGAAGAUCAUGGAGAUUCUAGCUAGGCACCAGGUACAACUAGCGUAUGAUGGUUUCGACGACGCACUGGCUAACGAGAAAGACACCAUGAAGACAAAGGCAUCAGGGACGCCAAAGAAAGAGUUCAUGAAGGAUAGGAUUUCCAUGGAGAGACUGGCAAAGAGGCAAGAACCGACCAUUAUUAGAUCGGAUCCCGUACAGCCAACGGAGGAAUCAGACUGAAGGUUAACGACACCAUCAAACGCCGAGCUCUGGGAGGAGCUCAGCCGGUGGCUGGACUGGAGGAUAAAGCUGAGGGAACAGG